UUCCUUGUGAAUAGAACAUGCGCAGAACACAAAUCACUAUGGGGAUAUGCCGAUAUGCGUUUACAUGACCAAACCCCCAAUCACUCCUCGGGCGCCACAGUAAAAGUGGCCCCCCACUGAUUUGGGUGAGUGUUCACGGUUGGCAGUGUGUGUUCACUACUCACUACUCCUAAUGUGUGUGCACUAAUUUGGAUGGGUUGAAUGCAAAUGACAAAUUCUGAGUAUGGGUUACCAUACUUGGCAAUCACUUUCUCUUUUUCACUAUUGUUCAAUAUGUAAAAAGUUAAUGUUAAGUUUUCCCCUCAAGUUCUCACAGACAUCCUAGCACAGUAACCACAGGUUAAUGUACUUCAUCAUUUACUAUGGACAUGUUUCACUCAUGUUGUCCAAAUACGUUUUACAUAAUGUAAAACCUAAAAAACAAAAAUGUAUUAGAUAUAUUUUAUUCUGCUUACUGUCUUUUGUGUGUGUGUGUGUGUGUGUGUGUGUCUGUCUGUCUGUGUGUGUGUGUGUGUGUGUGUGUACAGAGAGAAGUACUUGCCUACUUUGCUGCAGAUAGAGGGAAUGCUAAAGCUUUGGUUCCCUCAAGUGACUGCUCAAGAUUCUGUGACACCUAACCCUGCUGACUUUUCACUUCGAAACAUUUCCACCCUUGGCAAAAGCAAUACCACUCCUCCACACAAGCACAAAGACCAAUUACAUAUUCCAGUCAAGAAGCGAAGAUUGAGCUGGUCAGACACAGACUCACCCUCCUCUUCUCCUCCUGUGGUGUGUAAGCGCACCAAAUGUUGUGAAGAGGACCCCUCUUCAGGGACCCCUUCCCUUUCCUCACACAUGAACCAAUCAGACAAGCGAGUUAGUGAAACCCUGGAGCACAAGGUCAUCCGGUGGUCAGGUUCAAGGCUGACAUGGGUGCACAUUGCUCCAAUCUUCUCCCCACCUAAAUCUGGUCCCUCUCAUGAAGGUGGAAUGGCUAAUGAUAGAGAGAGCGGCAGAGUCCUCCUUCCAGUUUCCCCUCUCACCAGCAGGAGCAGUCCAGCCACGCAGGACAGCUUCAUCUCUUCCACCACAUCUUUUUCAGAGCCAGAUGGAUGCCAAUGCCAGUCUGUGAAUUUAGAGACAAGAAGUCCAUUGCAGGAAUACACCCAGAUCCCACAAAUCACAACAAAGCCUUCAAACUUAGAAGAGCAAAGCCCUUUGCAAACCUGAUGCAGAAAAACCAAGCACAACCAACCGGAUGGGAUGUUGAAUUGGUUGUCUAUUACAGUGAUUGAAAAAGUAUUUGUAAAGAAUAAGUUUAAACUCAACAUAUAAGAUUUUUUUUAAUUGAUUGGGUUGAAAAUUGGCUGUUUUUGAAUUAGAAAUGACUAUGAGAGUAUCUAAAUUAAAGGUGACGUGUGUGAAUUUGGUGUCACUGCCAUCACCAAAUAGAACUGCAAAAAUAAUCAUUUAAAAAAGGUUUUCAAACACUCCCCCAUCAGGAAUUGGUCAGCCAAACAGAAAGCCUUGCUCAAAAAUCAAGGUAUUGGUUGAGCCAGUGUUGUGCUGGACAGGAUACUCAAACAGUGUUUGCAUGAUAAUAUUUUAACAUCCAAAAAAUUACACAGUUCACCUUUAAGGAAAUUUUAAAUCAUGCAGAUGUUCAUUGACUUCUGGAGUGUGUGUUUAAAUCUGAGGAAAAGACGUUGAAUUUGCUUUCCUAACAUGAGAUCAAAUUAAAAUGAGAGAACAAUAAUUUUAAUGGAAGGAUAACACAAGGUCAAGCCAGCGGUAGAACUUAAUAGAAAUUAGAUGGCAUAGAAUAAAAGGGUUAGUUUUUACUAUAAAUGUGUUGUUUUCUCAAAUUACUACUGAGAUUAUUGGAAUUAUAUUUGUGUUAAUUACCAUUUGAAAAAGUUGGCAGUAAAACAACACAGUUGUAGCAUGACAAGCCCUUGUUAUAAUUCUGAGGAAAAAUGUAGCAGGAUCAUAACUGACUUUUUAAUAUCUGAUAUUUUAUGAAUUUAUGAGUGGAUUGUAACAGAAGUUGUGAGAGUUUUUUAACUGCAUUUUAUAAGUGUGUGUGUGUGUGUGUUUGGUGGGGGUUUUAAAUGUAAAUCAAACCACAUUAUUUGCUGUAGAAUCUGUGACAACUGCUCGAACUGAAAAAAGUACCCACAACUAAUAUAUACAUAAGUGAUGAUAUCUCAACCUGAUAUAAUGUAGGAAAUUAUGUAAUACCCAGAUUGAAAGAGAAAAGAAAGUUUCCAGAGUCUGAGUCUGCUUGAUUGAAAUAUUGUGUAAAGUGCACUGAAGUAGGCUUUUGGAAAACCUCCUGCUCCUCCUGUCAGAUGUGAAUUUAGGUGCUUGAAUGAGGCUGUGCAGUUAUAUGAGACGUCCUAUUAAACAAGGGUCAGAAGUCUAUGCCAACUUUUAUUUAUUCAAUUGUUGAUUUCAAUAUUUAUUUAUGUUUAUUUGUAUAUGUAUUUAUCCAUAUGGCAGCUGAGGUCAUUAGAGCUUGAUCAAUCAUGGAAUAUUUUUCUGUGUGGAUAUAGUAGAGGAAAAAAUGAAGCAAUUCUGAUACUGGGAAACCUGUGCCUUUUUUCUAAAAAGGAUAUUCAUAUUCAUACUUGUCUUUGUUGAUUGUGUAUUUUUAUCAAAUGGUAGAAAACACAAAAUCUUAAAAUGUUCUUAUGCACAAGUUUAUUCAUGAGAAAACUGCCUUUGGACACAAAGUAUCAAUUUACCACUAAAAUCACAGUGAAUUACAGUAACCAAUAACAAAUAUGUCAGUAAAUUGGUUAUCAUAGCAACAUUCAAAGUGGUGCUGUAUUUUACAUUUAUAUUUAAUAAUUUCAUUGCACUCAUUUUUAAUCCAGAAACAACCGAAUUUCUGGGAUCAUUAUGUUGGGAGCUGAUGAAUUAUAAUGUUGAAUUGCACUUGUGCAUCAAUUAAUGGGACAACAAUUGCAUCAACGUGCUGCUAAAUCACCGAUUUUUUACAAGAGAUUUUAAUUGCUUAAUGUCCAGCUGCCCUAUAGCUAUAGAAAUUUUUUCCAUGAUAAAAAAUUAGAACUGAUAACUGCAUCACAUUUAUUAUAUGUAAUUUACUUUUUAUGUUUUUAUGUUUUUAUUUUGUCAUGUUUUAUAUUGUACAGGUUAUUUAAGACAAAGACCAAGAGCAUAAAGGUUCAUAAAGGAUGUAUAUUGGUUGUUAAAUCUGUAUUUUUAAAUAACUGUUAUACCAUGCAAUCUACACACUGGAAUCUGUCUGCUGUCUGUCCUUCUUUCCAGUCACGUUGUCUUUCACCUGUUUUUCCCUUCUUCAUCCCUUAUUUACUUUUCUCUAUUUUUUCUACUUUUUACUGUUAUUCAUGCUUUUUAUAACGAAGACAAACCUUUUAAUAAAUAAUGCAUUUUGGAAAGUA